CCAAACAAAAGAUGAAGCUCAAGAAACUACAUAAAACAUUUACAAGCAAGAAAAUAGAUUCACAGUCUCUGUUGUCAAACCAACAUCAAAUCACAUUUAACUCUGGGAUACAAAACAACUACGUACAAACCUUAACUAACAAAAAUAAUGUUGAAUACAACAUAGAACAAAAAUGGAGCUUCUUUAGAGACACCUUCAAGGAAGCCGCAGUCAACACAGUUGGUUACAUGCAAAGAAAGAAGAAACAAUGGCUGAGUGAAAACACUUGGAUAAAAAUUCAGGAAAGAAAACAGGCCAAAUUAUCCCUUUUAUCUACAAAAGACACAUAUGUAUAUGAAAAAGUCAAACAAAGGUACACCUUGUUAGAUAAAGAAGUGAAACAUAGUGCACGGAAAGAUAAACAAGAUUUCAUACACAACCUAGCUUGCGAUGCUGAAACGGCUGCCAGAACUGGGAACAAUAAAGCUGUAUUCCACAUCAUGAAACAGCUGUGCAACCAUACACCUACAGCAAACGCACCCAUCAAAGACAAACAGGGUAAAUUAUUAUUAUCUGAAGAACAACAAAAGCAACGAUGGGCAGAACAUUUCAGAGAAAUAUUAAAUAGGCCACAACCCGACACUGUUCCCAAUAUAGACGAAGAAGAAGCUAUGCCACCUCUAGAU